CUGGUGACGUCACUGGUGACAGCAGUGCUGAUAACAGUGACAGUCACGCAGCCAGCAGCAAUAGAAGAGAUGCGCGAAAACGAGGUCGUGUGACGUCACCGGCAGCAGAGUCAGCGCUGGAACCCGGGCCCCGACACCUCUCCGCCCCCGCUCCGGCUUACAUCAAGCUUUUCCCAGCAAUCCAAGAUGGCUUCUUCAUCCUCGUCUAACCUAGAAGAUGAAAGUCUAAAAGGCUGCGAAAUCUACGUGCAGAAGUUUAACAUCCAGCAAAUCUUGAAGGAAUGUAUCGUGAACCUGUGCAUUGCGAAGCCCGAUCGCCCCAUGAAGUUCCUGAGGGAACAUUUCGAGAAACUGGAGAAGGAAGAAUGCAAACAGAUAUUGGCUCAGCAGAAGUCAAACUCCCAGUCCGACUCUCACGAUGAUGAAAUCUCUCCACCGCCACCGAACCCUGUGGUUAAAGCCCGGCGCAGAAGAGGGGGGGUCAGCGCCGAGGUGUACACAGAGGAGGAUGCCGUGUCCUAUGUCAGAAAGGUUAUUCCGAAGGACUACAAGACCAUGACUGCCCUGGCAAAAGCCAUCUCCAAAAAUGUGCUGUUUGCCCACCUGGACGACAACGAGAGAAGUGAUAUAUUUGAUGCCAUGUUCCCCGUCAAUCACAUUGCUGGAGAGACUGUGAUACUACAAGGUGAUGAAGGCGACAACUUCUAUGUCAUCGAUCAAGGAGAAGCUGAUGUCUACGUGAAUGGAGAGUGGGUCACCAGCAUUGGAGAAGGAGGAAGCUUCGGAGAACUUGCAUUAAUUUAUGGAACCCCAAGAGCUGCAACUGUCAAGGCCAAAACAGAUCUUAAGUUAUGGGGCAUCGAUCGAGACAGCUAUAGACGUAUACUUAUGGGCAGCACACUGAGGAAGAGGAAGAUGUAUGAAGAGUUCCUGAGCAAAGUCUCCAUUUUGGAAUCCCUGGAUAAAUGGGAGCGUCUGACCGUGGCCGAUGCACUAGAACCUGUUCAAUUUGAAGAUGGAGAAAAAAUAGUGGUUCAGGGAGAGCCCGGAGAUGACUUCUUCAUCAUUACUGAGGGCACAGCAUCUGUUCUGCAGCGUAGAUCAGACAAUGAAGAGUAUGUGGAAGUGGGCCGACUGGGACCCUCAGACUACUUUGGUGAGAUAGCGUUGCUUCUGAAUCGUCCCAGAGCCGCAACCGUCGUCGCACGGGGUCCACUUAAAUGUGUCAAGCUGGACCGCCCGCGCUUUGAACGAGUUCUUGGACCAUGCUCAGAAAUCCUAAAGAGAAACAUUCAAAGAUACAACAGCUUCAUCAGCCUCACUGUUUAAUAUGCUCCACUAAGGCCGGUUUCACAUGACCGUAAUAUGACCACAUUUUAGCGUCUAUAUAUUACGAAUAGAAGACCCGGAACCCCACCAAUGGUUUUGAUGAACCACCAGAGGGCUCUAUGGUGAACUAAGUUAGAGCCGCAGGUAUGGGGGGGCGUCUUGUGGGCCACGCGGUCAAAAUAUGGACGUUAAAAUGUGCCUGUAUCGUCACCAUUUGAAACCAACCUAAGACACAUGCCACCUGUGUGUUACCACGUGCACUCAAGUCCGACCUGUCCAGUUCCAUAGCUUUAUAAAACAAAGGAAAUUGUGCAUUUCAAUGUAAUUUUUCUUUUCUUUUAUGGUCAUGUCACUGAUUUGAGUAAUGACACAUAUGUACAGCACUUCAUUUGGGUUGUUGUGUUACCACAAAUUUUAUGGGUUACCGGUCUGAGCAAGAAGACAACUGAAUUACCUAAACUUCAGCUGCAGGUUGAGAGAUGCUUUUCAUAUGAACUGAUGAUGGGAUUCCCGUAGCUGGGGGUCCCAAGCAGGAAAUCUUACCUUAACUUCUAAGGUCAGGGACAAACUUAGAGUCUAUUCCUCCGAUUCCACCUUUGUAAUAAAUAUUAAAGAGCCUAGGAGUCAACUUAACCCCUCCGAGUAACGUGUGUCCAAAUAUAAAAAACUGUAGACACCCCCCCCCCCCGACCAAAGUCCCUCCAUUUCAAUUGUUUUAGCAUGUUCUUGUGCUCUGCUGUUGUAGCACAUGUGACUGCUGAGGUCAUUAAUUGGCUGCAGCAGUCGCAGGAUCAUUCCACUUAUGAUCCAGUGGGGACCUGAAGUGGCCAGGAAGGAUGCUGCAGUGCUGGAACAGUUGGACUUUGAACAGGUGAGUGUAUUUUUUAUUUGGCCACUCGUUACUGGUUUACUCGGCUACUACGCUGGACACUCUUUAAGGGCUCAUGCACACAAACGUGUUUUUUUUUUGUCCGCAUCUGAUCCGCAUUUUUUGUGGGUCAGAUGCAGACCCAUUCACAUCAGUGUGGACACCGUGUUCUGUCCACACCCAUAUGUCCUUUCCGCCGCCCAGCUAAAAAAUAGAACGUGUCCUAUUUUGUCGGUUAUACGGAAAAGGAUAGGACAGUUCUAUAGAGAGCAGAACGUUCCGUUCUGCAAAGUGCGGAGCACAUGCAGCCUGGUCCGCACGUUGAAAACCGCAAAAACGGCAACAGUCAUGUUCAUGAGCCUUAAAGCUGUUUUCCAAGACUUACCAAUUGAUGACCUAUCCCAAAGAUGUAUAAAUAGGAGUUUGAGGGGGUGUCGAUCAGCUGUUGUCACUAGCUGCGGCGCUGGAACCAGCCUCAGUCGCUACACAAUGGACAGAGCUGUGUAACUGUGGUGCUGCAGCUUUCGAAAACAGCUGAUUGUCGGGAGUUGGAUCCCUCCGAUCUGAUAUUGAUGACCUAUCCUUAGGAUUUCCCUGUCCAUAUGUACUAUUAGUACAUAGAGGAGGGAACCAAAGCAGCUCUCACGCUGACAACCUUGGGGUAUCCAUCUGAGUGAUCACCUCUUGGGUAAAUAUAUGGCUUGCCAAUUCCUUUCCCAGGCAAAUCAACUGUUAGCCAGGAGUCUUAGGAUCGGGACCCCCAAAUAAAAUGGGUUGUCCUUGAUGACCGCUUAUUUAACAUGCCGGACUUGAGGAGAGAGAGCGUUUUCUCGAUUUAUGCAUAGGAUAUCCAACCUGUUAAUUAUAACAGAUACAGCUCCCAUAGAUGUAGAUCGUCAACCACUGUCCAAGGCUAGUCCCGAUGACUUACUUAAAAGGGUUUUCCAGGAUUAGAAAAAUAUGGCUGCCUUCUUCCAGAAACCGUGCCGCUCCAGUCCAUGGGUCUUGCCUGGUAUUGAAGCUCAGUUGAAAAGCCUGAAGAAAGGUUUUCCACUGUUUUUGAAAGAUAGAAGCCAUGUUUUUCUAGUCCUGGAGACCCCCUUUAAGUGUGUAUUUUUUUUAAUUUAGACUCCACAUUCUAUUUCUUCCUCUCCACAGAUUGCCAUUAGUACUUAUCAGGGAACAGAUGAGCAUUAUGGGACCACAUUUUGUUGAAUGUAUACGCCUCCUUUAAGAUAUAAUGUGGUUUGCUUUUGAAUUCCUUUAACUGGUUUUCAAUCCAAAAAUGCUUCUGUCAAUCAAUCCAUGCUGCGGCAAUUCGUCCAUCGAGACGUUAAUAAAGUGUAGAUCCAUUUUCAGUUCUAGAAUAAAUAUAGUAUGGAUAAAACCCACAAAAGUAAAACCUAUGGGUGACUAUGGACUGUACCCAUCGUGAGGGCAUAUUACUAUGAUUGAUGUCCAUAUUAUGGCUCUGUACAAGCUUCAAAAUGGCACCCAUCUAUGGGACCCUACCUAAAUUUCAUACUGACACACGUAAAAAAUUAUGGCAUUUUCCAUCCAAUGCCAUAUUCCAUACAUAUUCUCCCUUACAACCAUUGCUUCUAGGGGAGAGUAUUUCCAUAAUAUGACGCCAUGUAAAAGCACCACGUGGCAGGACAUGGAGUGUCUAUGGCUCCGUAGUGUGGAGUCUUGGGGACUUUGUGCGUCCCGCCAUGUAGGUUCCACGCUUGGCCAAAUGCCAUAAGCCUUUAGGCAGUACAUUCAGAUAUAUACUACUUGGUGGGGCUUUUUGGGUUCACGGGAAAUGUAGCCAUGUCUUGUCUUGCAUAUACCUCUAAGCUCAUAGAUCUAGGUUUUUGUAUAAUAAUUCUGGACACUUUUUUAAAUAAGUCAUUGUGAAAAUGAAAA